AUGGUUAUAAAAGAUGCAAAAGAGGAGAAAGAGUGGUUAGAAAAGGGACAAUAUGUAAGCCACCUUACACCAGCACAGCAAAACAAUGUGAUUAAACUAGUUGGUAAUCGAUGUUUAGUAAAGUGUUUAGUUGAAGAUGUACCAGUUGAGGCAUUGUGGGAUACGGGUGCUCAGGUUUCAAUAGCCUCGCAUGAAUGGGUAAUGAAAAACUUUCUUGAUGUCAAGAUUAAUCCGAUUGAAGAUUUACUAGAGAACAAUUUAGAUCUCAAAGCAGCAAAUGGUUUGUCUAUCCCAUACAAAGGUUUUAUAGAGGUGAGACUUAAAUUAUUGAACUCACAAAUUGGAGAAGAGGUUUUAGUGCCUCUUUUGGUAGCGUCUGAUCAUCUUGAUCACCCUAUCAUCGGAUAUAAUGUUAUAGAGAACGAGUCAAAAACCCAGUUGACAAGACAAAUAAGAUUAUUUCAUCGAUGACAGCAAGUUUUCCCACAGUUGAUUCCAAAAACAUUAAAACUCUUGUUGAACUUAUAAAAACAAAUGAAUGUAGUGAACUGUGUUUGGUUAAAUCUAUAAAGCAUGAUGUGUUGAUUCCUCAAGGCAAGACAGUGAGUGUUACUUGUAGAGCGAACACACGGUCGAAUGCAGCAAGUAAGCUCCCAGUUCUGUUUGAGUCAGACCCUGAACAACCAUGGCCCACAUGUCUUGAAAUCGAAGAGACACUGACAAACAUAAAUAGUGGGUUCUCCUCCCGAGUGGUUAUUCAAGCGAGAAAUUCCACCGAUCAUGAUAUUUUGCUUCCAAAAAGAACUAUACUUGGACGAUUGCAAUUAGUAAAAUCUGUUACACCUGUUGAAGUUAGGGAAAAGUGUGAUAAAGAAGCACAAGUUAAUGGAGUGUCGGUAAAUGAUGAUAAGUUGAACACGAAUACCCCAAAGACCUUUUACGGUGAUUGGAUACCUGAAGUUGAUUUAAAUGGUCUGACUGAGAAACAAAAAUUAGUUGCUCAACAAAUGCUUCUCGAAGAGUCCGAUUGUUUCUCUCGAGAUGAUGAAGAUAUCGGUUGUAGUGAAGAACUUAAAAUGAAGAUCAAUUUAACAGAUAACAUCCCAGUUCAAAAGAACUAUAAUUCAAUACCAAAGCCCUUAUAUCCAGAGGUAAAACAAUAUAUUGAGGAUCUUUAA